AUAAAACGUAGAUCGGAGCGUCACGAGGGUUUCUCUCUCUCCUUGGUUACACCAAAUUACUCGCUCGCGUUCUUGCGAUUGCGAGCUCUCUCUCUCUCUCUCUCUCUCUGCAGUUAGCAUACUGACCCAAAAUCUAGGGUUGGUGAUUAGGUCUUCUUCUACGCCAUUUUUCUGGGUACUGAUCGAUAGAACCAUCACUGUUUUUCUUCAUUGAAAUCGUUUCCUGUAUAUAAUCAAGAAAGAUGAGUGUAGAUCUGGUCGCUUCCAACACCCAUGGGAAUCUCGACGAGCAGAUUGCACAGCUCAUGCAGUGCAAACCCUUGUCCGAGCCUGAGGUUAGGGCAUUAUGUGAGAAGGCUAAAGAGAUACUAAUGGAAGAAAGUAAUGUUCAGCCUGUAAAAAGUCCUGUGACUAUUUGUGGUGACAUUCACGGUCAGUUUCAUGAUCUUGCAGAACUUUUUCGCAUUGGAGGGAAGUGCCCAGAUACAAAUUACUUGUUCAUGGGAGAUUAUGUUGACCGUGGGUAUUAUUCAGUUGAAACUGUCACGCUUCUGGUGGCUUUGAAAGUGCGUUAUUCUCAACGAAUCACUAUUCUUAGAGGAAACCAUGAAAGUCGACAGAUUACUCAAGUUUAUGGGUUUUAUGAUGAAUGCCUACGGAAGUAUGGUAAUGCUAAUGUUUGGAAGAUAUUUACAGAUCUUUUUGAUUAUUUCCCACUUACUGCCCUGGUUGAAUCAGAAAUAUUUUGUCUGCAUGGUGGAUUGUCCCCAUCCAUUGACACCCUUGAUAAUAUACGGAAUUUUGAUCGUGUUCAAGAAGUUCCACAUGAAGGUCCUAUGUGUGAUCUGUUAUGGUCCGACCCUGAUGAUCGCUGUGGUUGGGGAAUCUCUCCACGUGGUGCUGGAUACACUUUUGGCCAAGACAUAUCUGAGCAAUUCAACCAUACCAACAACCUAAAACUGAUUGCUAGAGCUCAUCAGCUGGUUAUGGAGGGAUUUAACUGGGGACAUGAUCAAAAGGUGGUCACUAUCUUUAGUGCACCCAAUUAUUGUUAUCGGUGUGGAAACAUGGCAUCUAUUUUGGAAGUUGAUGACUGCAAAGGACACACAUUUAUCCAGUUUGAGCCAGCUCCGAGGAGAGGAGAACCUGAUGUAACCCGAAGAACGCCUGAUUAUUUCUUAUAAUGCAUCUGCUUUUGUUGCUGAUCUCAGUGGCAUCUGCAUAUGCUGGAUGAGAGGUAAGGUGGUAGUGGCACAGAGGUACAGUUGAUGAUUGGAUUCACGAUUACUAAACUGAAAGCUUGUUAUUGGUAAUGGUGGGAGGCCCAAUGGCAUGUAAAAUGGGCAGAGCUAGGGGCCCCAUUUAGCUUUAAAUUAUGUUCUAACCUGCGUUAGAUUUCCUAGGACUGGGGCAGUGGGGUUGGUGAUAUGCUGUAAUGUAGUAUUUCAUGCAGGACUUCUUAUAUUCCUUUGUGUUUUUAUUUUAUUUUUAAUUUUUAUUUUUAAAAAAACAAUUUUUGGUUCUAUUUUCUUUGUUUAAGGGGGUUUGAGGGUGAUGAUGAUGGGGUUGUGUAGAGGUAAGAUACAAAUUUAACUUUUUAAGUGUGUUGCUCCUAAGUUUUUUGUUCAUGUGUUUUUUGACUGGACUGAAUUUAUUCUGAUAGCUGCUGAUUUUUUUUUGGUUC